AUGAAAAAUAAAAAUAAACUCAAGCGAUGCUUAGACUACAUCACAAAUAAUAAAGAUGAAAUAAUUAAAAACUAUAAUGAUAUACAACCAUCGAAUAAAGAAAUCGUUCUGUUAAAAUAUUUGGGGGAACUCAAAAAGAAGCUUAAAGAAACAUAUACAAUUAAUUUUUGCGAACAUUUUAUUGACGAAUAUGGAAUGAAAAAAAACAUUUGUUCAUCAAUAAGACAAAUUUAUUUUCCUUUUAAUGAGGGAAUUAAUUAUAAAGAAAUAUACACAUUGAUUAGAAAUUAUUUUACCUAUGAAAUAUUACUACAAAAAAAAAUUAAAACAUUAUUGUUGCCCAGUACCCCUUUAGUUUUUAACUGGAAGAUUGCUGAUUGCUUAGACUUAUCUUGUAUAAUUGUAUCCGCAUUGAGAACAAAAAAUUAUGAAGCUUAUGUUGUGUGUGGAGAAGCCCCCUUUUCUAUUUGCUCGAAAGAUGAUAAAAAAUACAUUUGUGAAUUUACCCAUAAAGAAUAUAAAGAAGCUCAAGGGAAAAAUAUAAAUGAAGAUACAUUUAAAGAUGAUACUACAGAAUAUGAAAACGAUUUUUACACUCAUAUGUGGAUACUCAUAAAAAAAAGUUUGGAUGUCGACAAGGACAUUUUUAUAGAAGUUUCCUCAGGGAGAGAAUACACCAUCGAUAGUUGUCCAUACAAAUCUAUCUUUUACCUUUGGAAUGAAAAAAAUGUUUAUAUAAAUAUAAAUAAAGUUGAAAAUAUAGACAUAUUAAUAUCAGAGAUAAAAAAUAAAGAAUAUUUUAUCCCAGCAUUUUUCGAAGAAAUAAAAAACAAGGCAUUAAUUCCCAUUAUUGAGAGCAAGCCAUAUGUAAUACGAAAGGACAUAUUUCUUUUAAAGUAUCCACAAGGACGAAAGACAACAUUUUUUAAAAAUUGUAAAAAGGAUGAAUAUAUUGAUUUUCUCCAGUAUGACGGGUUAACAGAAAUGCAUACCCAUUAUUCGAACAAAUAUUAUACAAGUGUUGCAUCAGUUUGUAGCUUUUACAAACAUAGAAGAGAUAAAAAAAUAAAAAAAAUAUACCUUCCAAAUAAAUUUAAAACAAUCGAAUAUUAUGACGAAAGCAAUCAUCACCUUUUAAAAAGAUUUGCAAAUAGAAUAGGGUUUUAUUUGCACUUCAGUUUUUACUUAACUAGACAUGAUGGAUUAACAAAUUACAUUGAAAUAAAAGAUUACAAAAUUAUGGAAUAUUUUAUCAACCGGAGUGAUAAUGUAAUAUAUCGAUCUAUGGAUAUCUCAAGGGACAUAAAAACUGUUUACAAGUUUCAGACGUUUGAUGGAAAUGAAUAUUAUGUAACAAAAAUUACCCUGAAGUAUCAAAACAAAAAUCAAGCAAAUGGAAUAAAGAAAAAAGUGUUUUUAAUUCCUGAGAAUAAAAUAGUCCUUGUGUAUUAUAAUAACUAUAACAAAAUAAGUAACAUUUUCCAAGUUUAUGAAAAACAUAUUAUAUAUAACCCAGACAUAGAAAAGAAUGAAGAAGUUGUGCUGUAUAAAAAGAAUUUAAUUUAUAAGCACUUUGUAAACUAUGGAGAUCCCUUAGAAAGAGAACCCCAAUAUUUAAUUAAUGAAGAACGAGAUGUAUUUGAAGAUAUAAAAAAUACAUACAACAACAUUAUAUGCUCUAUAAUGAAGGAAAGGGAAGAAAUAAAAAAAACAGAAGAUGAUUAUCAAUAUUCUAUAAAUAAUAUUACCAACAUAAAUGAAAUAAUUUAUCAUGAAAAUAAUGAAAUAGAAAAUUUCAAUAAAAAUAUAAUGAAAGAUAGUUUGAAUAUAUAUAAAUUUUACAAAGACUAUCCUUGGAAUGAUUACACACAGGUGUCUAUGAAAAAUACAUUUUUUUCGUCAAAAAAUAAAAUGCUUGAAAUUGAAUUCAUGCGUGAUGAAAUAAAAUAUGAUUCUUUGGAAAAUAAAAUAAAUAAAUAUAAUAAAUAA